AUGGCUUGCCUUAGCCGGCGGUACAGAGUGGAGUCGCGAGAGCUGGGUGCCCGAGGAUGUGGAGAUGUGUGCCCGGCGCUGGUGGAGCUGGCGGUGCUGGUGGUGUUGGUGGUGUUGGAGUUGCAAAACCAACCAAAAUCAGUAAUGAGGGACCGACAAAGAAGAAUAACAGGCACAUGCGUCAUUGGAGCUGUAACCGGCCUCGCUAAAGGCGUCAUCAACACCAAAAUGGCCAUCCUCAACUCCGCUCUCGGAGGCCUCGGUGGAGUGGGCGCCGGCCUCGGCGGCCUCAAAGGUAAAGCUGUAGGCGUUCCAGCUAAUGUGUUUGGGGGUGCCGGCGGAGCAGGCGGGUUCCCGGGAGUGGGCCUCGUUGUGGGCGCCAGCCUCGCUGGCCGUUAUGGUAACGCCGUGGAAGUCCCAGCUAAUAAUGUGUUCGGAGGCACCAGCGGAGCGGGAGGCUUCUCGGGUCAGGAGGAGCUAGACCGGGUGGCAGGACCGAUCGCGGAUCCCAGGCAGAGGGAGGCGUGUACCCACAAGCUGCUGUAA